ACCGUGAUAAAUAUCUUGUUGCUGAUUAUGAAGACUUCAAAAUAUUUAUUUGUUGUAAAUUUAGAAGUGUAAAAAAUAUUGGAUUUAAUGAUAUCGAACGAGUAAAUGGGUUUAUUAAAGCAUAUCAUCCUGAAGAUAGUGGUGUGAUCGUUACUAAUAAAAAUUUUUCUGAAAAUUCAUAUGAACAAGCUAAAAAAAUGAAAAUAUUAAUUUGUCAGUCUAAAAAUAUAGUUAAAAAUAUUAAAAAAGAAAUUGAAAGAAAAAAACAAAUAUUAGUAAAAGAUUCAAAUGAACCAAAAGAAUUAAUUGUAGAAGUGAUCGAAGAAAUUAUUGAUGAUAACAUAAACGAAUAG